AUGGAGGGCGAAGUCUUUGCGCAAAACGUAUUGGGUGACGGCAAACCUCCAAAAGCACAGAGCACACUCAGUACAAAGACUGUCAACAGUGUUAACACGCUACAAAGUUCCUUCACAAUCUCCCUGGGCAAACCUAGAAAACCAUGGGAGAAUGUCCACUUUGAUGCUGCGCUGAAGCCGAAAGACUAUCAGAUCAAAGGUACUCCUGAGCAUUCGACUAUCCUUAUAUUAGACGUCAACAUCUUUGACUCCACUGGAUCAUCCCCUUUCCGCGGCGAUGUCCUUAUUCGAGGAGAGCGGAUCACUCAUGUCGGUACAAUUCCCAACAUCGAGGAAUUGAUUGCCGACACCAAGGUUAAAGUCGUCCAGGGACGAGGUCGCACAUUGAUGAGUGGCCUAGGUGACGCACACACACAUCUCUCCUGGAAUUCCGGAGAUAUACCGGCCCUGGCGGGACUAGGAGUGGAAGAACAUACGCUGCUAACCGCAAGGUCGGCACAGACGGCACUGGAUAGUGGCUACACCAUGUGCUUUGGGGCAGCCUCUGCUCAGGAUCGGCUGGACGUGGUGGUCCGAGAUGCCAUCAAUUCGGGAAAAUUGCCCGGUCCUAGAUACCUGGCAAAUUGUAAGGAGAUUGUUAGCCCACAGGAUGCGGUGGGACAGAACGGCCUUGCCGUCACGGCCAGCGGACCUGACGAGAUGCGUACUACAGUUAAUAGACACAUCGACCUCGGCGCUGAUACGGUUAAGCUAACCAUGUCGGGAGAAGAAAUAUGUGAGCCAUUAUCGUCAGAGAAGUGCUACUAUACCGAUGAAGAGACGGCAGCUUGUGUGGAAGUAGCGCACGGUCGAGGUAGAAGACUCUGCGCUCAUGCGAGAGCUCGCGAUAGUGUUAAGAUGUGCGUUAAACACGGAGUGGAUAUUAUUUUCCAUGCAAGUUGGACCGAUAAUGAAGGUCUGGAAAUGCUAGUAAAGCAUAAGGACAAGCAUAUAGUGGUGCCCGCUAUCAAUUGGCUCUACGCAACCCUAUAUGAAUCCGAACAAUAUGGCUAUCGCAUGUCCGAGGAGGAGAGAGACGGCUAUGCGAGAGAGUUCGAGCAUGCAAAGAAGGUUCUAAGUGAGAUGCAUCGGCGAGGGAUCACUAAAAUUAGAGGGGGAGAUUAUGGAUUCGCCUGGACACCUCAUGGCACAUAUGCUCGAGACCUCGAGCAUUUCGUUAAGUGGUUAGGCUUUACUCCGAUGGAGUCGUUACUCGCAGCGACCGCCGGUGUCGCCAGUAUCUUCAUGCGAGGAGACGAGCUUGGGCAGGUCACGCCUGGCUAUUUCGCAGAUUGUAUCUUGGUGGACGGGAAUCCGCUAGAGAACAUUGGCGUCCUGCAAGACCAUAGCCGACUCAACUUGAUUCUGAUCAACGGAAGGAUACACAAGGCUUCACAGAAGGACUUCAUGACUUCAGACGAGCGAAAAUCUAGAGCGGAGGCCGCUCGAUCGGUUCACACGGCUGUAAAAGGCCAUUCAACACCAUCGCAGAAGCCGAUUAACUAUGUGGCGUACGCAGAAUCGACAGGAGAGAGUCGCGUUGGCCACUUUGACCUAGACAGCCAACUCGUUACACCGUUGAGCUUGCCGUCUGGGGCGCCACUACAGACCCUCUAUCAAGUUAUCGAUUUACAGGAGGACCCUGUGGCUAAUGGCCCGCCAAUUCCAGUCCAGUCUACUGCCCUCCUCCCUCCCAUCUGUGGACGUGACAUUAUCGCCGUAGGGAAGAACUAUAUGGACCAUGCCAAAGAAUUCCACGCAAGCGGCUACGACUCAAGUGACAAGGCCGCUCAGCCCUCACAUCCAGUGAUAUUCACUAAGCGAAGCACGAGUAUUGUACCCACAGGCGCCAACAUCGUCCUAGACCCUCAGUUCACCGAGACGCUAGACUACGAAGGCGAAAUUGGUGUCAUUAUAGGUAAGUCUGGACGACACAUCCGCGAAAAAGACGCCUCGAACUAUGUCUGGGGCUACACCAUCAUUAAUGAUGUAACAGCACGUGAAGUCCAACGUGACCAUAAGCAGUUCUAUCUAGGAAAGUCAGGAGACACGUAUUGUCCUAUGGGCCCGAUUGCUGUGCCUGCUACAAGCCUUCCGGAAAAGCUCCGCCUUCAAACCUUUAUUAAUGGCGAGAAAAGACAGGAUGCUACCACGGACGACUUGAUCUUCUCGAUUGCUCGGUUGAUCUCUACUAUUUCCAUGGGCGCCACUAUCCAGGCCGGCGAUGUGAUUGCCACAGGAACACCCGCGGGUGUAGGGUUUGGCCAGACACCACCAACCUUCCUUAAAGCUGGCGAUGUGGUCGAAGUCACAGUUACAGGCCUGGGAACGUUACGGAACCAAGUUAUCUUGAAAAAGCCUAACUCCAUAUUUACUGAAUUGCAGGAUGAGUCAAACAACAGUGGACCACCUGGAACAUCUGGCCUUACGAGAAUCAAUUCGAAAAUAGUGAACGUGGAGAUCUCUGGCAGAGGUCAAUCACAUGUCAUCUUUGUCCACGGACUGGGAGGCUCAACGGAAUUCUAUACGCCUUUGCUCAAAAGUACAAGUCUUGAGAAGCUUUUCAAAUGCAUUCGGUACGACAUAGAAGGCCACGGCCAGUCGCCCACAGAUGCAACUUCGAACAUCUCUAUCCCGAGUUACGCAGCUGAUCUUGCCGCGUUAUUCAGACAUAUUACAGACCAGCCGUCUGUGCUCGUUGCUCACUCGAUGGGCUCUUUGAUUGCAUUAUACUUUGCCGCUCAACAUCCGGAGUGCGUGCAGAAGGUGAUCCUCUUGGGACCUGCACGGUACCCAGUGCCCAUGGCCGCCACAGACGGACAGAACAAGCGAGCCAGGGCGGUCAGAGCUGAAGGGAUGAGUGCGGUUGCUGAAACAGUUGCAACUAACGGAACUUCCGAUAAAACACGGGCUACGAAGAUAUCGGCGUAUAGCGCCGUGAAGGCGAUUCUGAUGGGCCAGGAUCCUGAAGGGUACGCAAAAGCUUGCGCGGCGCUAGGAGAGGCGGCGGUUCUCGAGAUUGACCUGUCGAAGCUCACUAUGCCAGUGCUGAUUGUCACAGGCAAGGAAGACAAAGUCAGCCCUGUGGCGGCCUGUCGAAGUCUAUGCGAAAUGCUUCCAGAUGCCAAGUUGGACGUGAUAGAAGGAGUGGGACAUUGGAGUGUAAUUGAAGACCCAGUUGCAGUGGGAGAUGCGGUGGCGAGAUUUCUGAAGACAUAA